AUGCCGAGAUCCCAAGUCAGGACCGACUACGGGUUUGGAUUAGGAAGUGAGGGACUUCAGCCUAGAACCCCUCCGCAUCACGUAACACCGGAAGGAGAGGGGGCCUCAAGACAAGAUUACUUAGCCUCCGGGGCCAGCGCUCAAGCAAAUGUUCCCCCGAGGUCAGCAGAACCCAUGGCCCCACAGGCAACUCCACCACAGUCAGGACCUGCCCCGGCAAGACCAGACGCAACGAAUGGCACUCCUUCGGGACAUAGCAUCCCGCAAGGACCCUUGGGACAAGUCUUCCCAGGGCCUUCGGGACAAGUCUUCCCAGGACCUUUGGGACAAGCUUUCCCAAGACCUUCGGGGCAAGCCUUCCUGGGACUUGGGCAGGUCCCCCCGGGACCCUCGGGACACACCGGACCAUCAGGACAGAACCUCUCGGGACCUUCAGGUCAUGUUUUCCAAGGAUCUUUGAACCAAACGUUUCAAGGCCAUACUGGCCAAAGCCAUUUGGCAUCCUCGACCCAAGUUCCCCAAGGACCUGCGGCACAAAGUUACCAAAUACCUCAGGGUCAAGGUUACGGAGGCGUGAACGGUCCUGCAACGCAUCAGUACCCCUCAGGCACUUACGGGGCCCACCCCUCAGGAGGAAUGCAUGGUAACCAACAAACAAGACAAGCACAACAAUAUUAUGCAUCACAAUUUACCGUACCGCCACAAGGGGUCCCACAGGGCAGCAGUAUGCUAUGCCACCUCCCGGACCAUACGGCCCGCACGGUUGGGGGGCCCCGUAUAACAGAACGCCCUGGAACUACAGUUAGUCGGAGAAAGCACAGAAAAUUCACCAUUCGUGGCCUGGAUACAAAAUUACCCACUCCCGAAGGACCUGAAGUACCCUUCCCAUUUGGGGACAUACAAAGGAAAAAGCGACCCCGACGACUUCCUAGAAGCAUUUGA